GAGAGAGAGAGAGAGAGAGAGAGAGAGAUUCCUUUUACGGUUUGAAUUCAGCAAUCAGGUGUUUGAAUUGAGGAUUUUAGUUGAUAUUGAAGUCAUCGUAAUUCCUUUUACCAUUUAUUGUUUGUCCAAUGACGAGGAAUUGAUAUUUCUUCAGCAAUCCAGCGUUCUUCGUUAAGAUGAGCAACAUGACAAGUGAAAGUGAGGAGAGAAUAAUGUCCAUGGAUUGCAUAAAUUCACUGAAUGAUGAAGCCAGCAGUGAAAGAAACAGGAUAGGAAAUGGGACACUGAAAAAAGGUCCAUGGACAUCUGCUGAAGAUGCAAUUUUGGUGGAUUAUGUGAACAAAAAUGGAGAGGGGAAUUCAGAAGCACUCUGGGCUUUCUCGUUGUGGUAAAAGCUGUCGUUUAAAGUGGGCAAAUAACUUAAGACCUGAUCUCAAAAAAGUUGCAUUUACACCAGAAGAGGAACGCCGGAUCAUUGAACUCCAUGCUAAAAUGGGGAACAAAUGGGCACACAUGGCUGUUGAGUUACCCGGGCGUACAGAUAACGAAAUCAAGAAUUUCUGGAACACAAGAACCAAAGUGACGACAGUGUGCAGGUUUACCAAUUUACCCUCCAAACACUAA